AUGAUGAAUCCGGUAUACAUUGUUGGGGCCGCGAGGACCCCCAUCGCACGCAUUAAUACGCAGCUAGACUCUGUCCCAAGCACCACACUGGGAGCCAUAGUGAUUCGUGAAGCCCUCCAUCGCUCACAUGUGCCCCUUGAUUUAUUCUCAGAUGUUUACAUGGGUCAAGUGCUUCAAGCUGGUGUUGGACAGGCUCCUGCAAAGCAAGCUGCGAUGCAGGCUGGGCUGGCACCAGAUAUUGAGGCUACCACAAUAAACAAAGUAUGCGCUUCUGGGAUCAAGGCCAUUACAUGUGCCGCCCAGAAUAUCCAAUUGGGUUAUGCCGUUGCUCAGGUAGCCGGGGGGAUGGAGAGCAUGUCAAAUGUUCCGGGGUACUUGACAAAAGGAGAUAAUUGCAACUCCAAAGAGAAACAGGUGAUUGAUGGUCUCUCGCUUGAUGGAUUGACUAAUGCCUCAGAUGCCCGGUCCAUGGGCGCCUGUGCCGAAGCUGUUGCUAAGCAAAUGGGUAUCUCCCGUGAGGACCAGGAUGCCUAUGCCUCCGCCACCUAUAAUCGGGCUUCUCGAGCGCAGCAGAGUAAUGUCUUCCAAAGAGAGAUUAUUCCCGUGUCAGUGGACACGACCAGAAUAUUUGACACCGACAGCCUUCCCCAUGAGAGCCUCUUUGGGCGAAUUCGUUCUUUAAAACCCGUGUUCGGCCCCGAUGGCACGGUCACUGCGGCGAAUGCCUGCCCACUAAGUGACGGCGCUUCCGCAGUGGUGCUUGUAGACGCAGAAGUCGCCAGUCAGUACUGCCGGGAGAAUCGAGUGUUAGCAAAGAUAGUGGCUUACGCCGAUGCCGCCGUUCCUCCGCAUGAGUUUGCUCUGGCUCCAACCAAGGCCAUUCAGCUUGUCCUGGAGAGGGCCCAAAUGUGUGUUGAACAGAUCUCGUUAUGGGAAAUCAACGAAGCAUUUGCGAUCGUGGUGAUAGCUUCACAGCAGCUGCUUGGCUUGGAUCCUGAUACUGUUAAUGUCAAUGGGGGUGCUAUCGCAUUUGGACAUCCGUUGGGCAGCUCAGGUUGUCGACUUCUAGUCAGUCUCUUGCACCAGCUGGAUCACGAUCAGUAUGGCAUUGCUGCUAUCUGUAAUGGGGGUGGGGGUGCCACGGCUGUGCUUAUCCAGCGAGUCGAGGGCGAAAGUCUGGGUAUCUCAGGAUAA